AUGAAGGAGGAGUACCCGUCUCGGAUAUCGGGGAGGAUCCCGAAAAGGGCGGGAAGCGCCGCUCCCUCACGGCCCGCCCGCCAUUUCCUGCCGGGGCGGGGCGAGGAUGAGGAGGGGCCGCGCCGCCUCAGAGCCGCGGCCAUGGCGGCCUUCGUGAGGGAGCUGGAGCGGCGGGCCGGGCCGGCGCUGCGGCUGGAGCAGCGCACGGCCGGAGGUGUGGGCUGUGUGGUGUGGGACGCCGCGCUGGUGCUCGCCAAAUUCCUGGAGACCGGCGCCUGCCCCCUCGCCCGCCGCCACGUCCUGGAGCUGGGCGCGGGCACCGGCGCCGUCGGCAUCAUGGCAGCCACGCUGGGGGCCAAUGUGACGGUCACAGACCUGGAGGAGCUGCAGGAGCUAUUGAUGGUUAAUAUUGAGAAUAACAAGCACCUGGUCACAGGGUCCGUCCGAGCCAAGGUACUGAAAUGGGGUGAAGAUGUAACAGAAUUUCAGCCUCCCCCUGAUUAUAUACUCAUGGCUGAUUGCAUUUACUAUGAGGAGUCCUUGGAGCCCUUGCUGAAGACCCUGAAGGACCUGACAGGCCCUGACACUUGUGUCCUGUGCUGCUAUGAACAGAGGACUAUGGGGAAGAACCCUGAAAUUGAGAGAAAAUACUUUGAACUGCUUCAGAGAGACUUCGAGCUGGAAAAAAUUCCCCUGGAGAGGCACGACGAGGAGUAUCGGAGCGAAGACAUCCACAUCGUGAACAUCCACAGGAAGCGGACGAAGUUCCCAUCGUGAGAUCUUUGAGCGCAGGAUCUGUCCCCUGGCAGAGCUCUGGAGAAGAGGGGCUGGGAUAACACCACACAGGGACUGUCUGCGGUGCGCUUGUGAUUCAUGUGCACCGAACAGCUUCUCGGACUCGGCAGCCGAGGUGUGUGACAGCGCCUUCCGGCAGGACCGCCGUGGGCUGGCGGCGUGUGCGGCCCGGGGAGGCGGGGAAUGGAGCGGGGCCGCCCCGGAGCAGCGCGGGGGGCGUGUGCUGCUGCGAGCCCGCCCGAGGGCACCGCGCUGAAACCUCCGAGAGGACGGGAAAACUGCGAGCGGCUCGACCGGCCGGUCAAUAAAACUUUGGCACGGGAGAUGGGUUUCAGAUGGUGGGUUCUUCAUUCAUCCUGUGAUUCCUGUGUCAUUCCCAGAGCAUCUGGGAGAUUCCUUCCUUCCUGGGAGGCUCAUUCCAGGAGCUGGCGCUGUUGUGGUUCUGCACAGAUAAAACGUGCCUGUACAAAAUCGUUCUGCCUGCUGUUCUCACCCGUGCUUUUCCGGUGUAAAGAUCAGCAGUGUUCAAGUUUGACACCUUCAGGUUAUUCUGGUGAGCAGGUUCCUUGUGGCUGUUGGUGUUUCUGCCUCUUGGAGCACAGUGGUGGCUUAGAGGAGAAUUUCUGUGGUGGAAGCAGCUGUGGAAGUUGGGUCUGUGACAGAGGCAGGAGUUACUGUGGGCUGAGUUUUCUCUAAAACACUGGGUGGGUUGGGAGGAGCCUCGUUUGCAGGCUCCCAGGAGUUUCCUGCACCUGCUCUGAAUUCAGGCUCCCUUUAUCUCCAGUAAGAGAAUUCCUUGCAAACUUCCCACAUCCUAAAACACUGUCCUGGCUUGCCGAGCACCGCAGCGAUGAUUAGCGAACACGAGAAUCUAAUUUGUCAAACCACACGUGUUAUUUGUUACCUUGUAAUGAGAAGAGCUCUUUAAUUACCCAGUGGCCUGCAGGAAGGGAUUUACUGGAAUGUUUACACCAACGUGGUUUCCCUGAUGGAAGCUCUUAUUCCAGAAAAACGAGGAAAAGAUCCCCAAAUCCCAGCAGUGAUGGAGAUGAUGUCCCAAAGCACAAAGGGAUGGUGUCACACUGGGACACUCUGGCACCCUGCUUGGUGGUGGGGGUGAUGCAGAAGGGAUCAGCCUUUCCCAAGGGUUUGGAGCUGAUGGAAUAACUGUGUUGUAUCUACAGGACAUGUGGUAUCAGCACUUCCUUUUGUACAGGGCUCAGAUCUUUUCUCCAGAAGAAGGGAGGAAGUUGUGCUUUUUCUUCCCUGCUGGCUGCUGCUCUGCUGUGCUGAGCUUUGGGCCCACAUUGCUCAAGCUGUGACUGUCCCUGGGUGACAGGGACCUCGUGGGAGGGGGCUGGGUCCUGUCACCCCCUGCGUCACCUCCCGUCACCCGCUGCACCCGGCGAGGGGAUGUAAAACCAAACUGCUGCUGCUCUGCAGCUGUGGAGAGGAAACCGCCACUAACCAGGGCAGCAGGGAGGGGCCGCCUGUCCCCGGAGCCACCAUGUCAAACAGCUGCUUUUUGGGGAGAAAAAAGGGCUUUGGGAAGGGGGGAUGGGAUCCUACUGGGGCUCAGCUCCACCGUGUCUGGAGAAACUGGUGGCUGCCUGCUCUGAGCUAGGAAAGGGUGUGGAGCCCUCGUGGGAAAUGGGAUGCGAGGGAGGUGGUGAUCCUGCUUCUUGCCAACCUCUCUGUUCUCUCACCUGUCCUGUUUGUCCCAGUUGGAUUUGUCCUGAUUCCUUGGAGAGAUAGUGUUUUGGUGCCACUUCCAUUAAACUCAGGGGCUCUUUGGAGAA